CCGGCUCGUCGGAACCGUUCGGACUUACCUUAGCGCAGCAGAGUCGUCUCUCGUCUCGUGCGCAUCGAGCUCCGUUCGCCGUCGCGUUUCUUCACGGAGCACAUGGUUCCGGAAGAUCACCCCUCUCACUGGACGUUCCUCCGGGAGUAAAGGAACAGUUACGAAUAGGUGAUCCUUCAUCAGUGUGACCAGUGGGAAAUUGGUUCAGUGCGGGUGCGCGAACGCUCAAUUCGGUGUUUUUCUUUUUGUCAUCGCAGUGCGCCGGGGCGAUAUGGAAUAUGGACCGCGACAUACAAAUUCUGGAUUGUCGAUGGUACCGAUGACAGUAGCGGACUUUAGUGCUAAUCUGUGAAGUGGCAUGGGUGUUACUCGCGUAUAAUAAUUCGCAAACUGUCGUCGACUUCGUUAAAGAAUCGCGAGAUGCACUCGUGAGGGCUUCUCCCUCGACUAUACUCAAAGGUGUCACGGAGGGAUUCCACCCCCCACCCCCCACGUUAGUGUCGUGAUAUUGGGAGUGUUGCGAAGGGAGUAACAAGAGAGGAGAGGACAAGGGUGGACGCGGUAGAGGUGGAAGGAAGAGAGGACCCGAGCCACAGCGGACGCCAUCUCCGCGUUAUCGGCAAGCGGACCCCUCGGGACUCCCCCCCGAGUAACAUCGGCGUCGCGCACCCUCGGCGGGAACUACCCCGCGACAGCGGCCACCCUGAUGGGAGUGUAUGAGGAGCGCGCCCCUCCUACCACCGGCAUGCACUGGCAGCCGCCCAGCUCACAGGAGCGUGGCAGCGGCUUGGCUGUGGGGCGCCAGGGGGGACCCGGCAGCACGGGGGGGCCCGGUGCGGUGGACCAGGCGCGGGAUCUGAGUCCCUGUCUUCCCGCGUCGAUGGGUGAUGCUGCACGACCCACCACUCUACCGUGCAGUCCUCCUGCCGCCCAUCACCACGGGUCCCAUCAUACGCCCCUGCAUCAGACCCACUGCGGCACCAAUAACAACUGUUACGACGGCUCGACCACCCCUUAUGAGUCAAGGGACUACGACUCACCCGGAGCGGGUGGACAGGAGUAUAGAGGCAGCGGUGGGAACUUCGAGAACGCCAAUGACCUGAGCAUGCCGUCGCAGACCGCGCAUCACCAUCACCAUCACCACCAUCAUCAUCAUCCCCAUCUGCAUCCGCAGGCGCACUCCCAGGAACAGCAAACCACGACGGAGCACUUGCACGCCAUCCCGAAGCUGGAACCGCCGCCCACGCCGCCCUCGCAAUCCGAGGACGUUUCGGGGAACGUGGUCUGCGCGGGAUGCGGCCUCAAGAUAUCAGACAGGUUCUACCUCCAGGCCGUCGACAAGAGGUGGCAUGCCGCGUGCCUCCAAUGCUCGCACUGUCGCCAGGGUCUCGAUGGGGAGGUCACUUGCUUCAGCAGGGAUGGAAACAUCUAUUGCAAGAAGGAUUACUAUCGGAUGUUCGGCAGCAUGAAACGGUGCGCGCGCUGCCAAGCGGCGAUCCUGGCGUCCGAGCUGGUGAUGCGUGCGCGCGAGCUCGUCUUCCACGUGCGCUGCUUCUCGUGCGCGGCGUGCGCGGUACUCUUGACGAAGGGCGACCACUUCGGCAUGCGGGACGGCGCCGUGCUCUGUCGGCUGCACUACGAGAUGGGCGCCGAGCUGCAUCCGGCCCAGAGCCCACCGGUCCCGGUCUACCCACCCGGGCCGCACUAUCCCGGCCAGCCCUUCCCCUCGCCCGAGUUCCUCCAUCACCAUCAUCAUCAUCAUCACGCGCCACCGCACCCUCAUCACUCGAUGCACCCCCAGCACCCGCACAGUCACGUCAGCCCGGUGCCGCUGCAACCCUCCACGCCCUCCAUACCCGACGCUUCUUCGCCCCCGAAGGUACCCUACUUCAAUGGCGCCGCCGCCGUGGUCCCGCCGCCUAGGCAGAAGGGUAGACCCAGGAAGAGGAAGCCCAAGGAUCUUGAGGCUAUGACCGCGAGUCUCGACCUAAACGCGGACUACAUAGACAUGCCCUUCGGCAGAGGGGGACCCGGGACCCCCGGCAUGCCCGGCUCCAACAGCAGGACGAAACGGAUGAGAACGAGCUUUAAGCAUCACCAGUUAAGGACGAUGAAGAGCUACUUCGCGAUCAAUCACAAUCCUGACGCGAAGGAUCUCAAGCAGCUUUCCCAGAAAACUGGCUUGCCGAAAAGAGUGUUGCAGGUCUGGUUCCAGAACGCGCGGGCAAAAUGGCGGCGCAUGGUGCUAAAACAGGAGGGCAAGUCCGACAAGUGCGACGGCGGGGUGGACGGCGGUAAUCUCGGCGACCUUGAGCUCUACGGGAACAGCACCGGAAGCGGCGGGCCGCCGAUGAGUCCGCCCUUCAUGCUCGGCGGUCCUCACAGUCCUGCGUCCCUGGCGUCCCUGGACUGCGCGUGAUCCCUGACGUCCGAAUCCGUGCAUUCUGGCUAACGUCGCGCAUCCUCGUUCUGCGAUGGGACAUCGGUAUUUGGACGUGCACCCUUCCGGACGAUUUCUCACGUGAGUGAAAUCGCUCGCGAGUGCGUGAAGAGAGUUGUGAAUAAUCGAUGAGUGAGCGUGUAAAAAAAAAAAAAAAAACAGAAAGGUAGUAACGUCUCUGCGAACUCGCGGACGGAUUAGCGAGGACCGAUCGAGCACGACUCGAGGAGUGCAUUUUUUCGAGACUCGCCAACUUUUCUUUGCUCGAGUUGCGCGUUUCCCGUCAACCGACGAAACGGACGACGAAAAGCUAUCCUUUCUCGUUUAUCGUCUCGCGAGUCGAAAAUUUGCUUCUCGAGGCGCUCGCUUCGGAUCGAGACGAUGUAAAAUUUGACGCGCUGACGGCGUAGAUCUGUUUAAUCGACAAAAUCGUUGUAUUUAUUGUUUAUUAGCUCGAAUUGUGGCGCUCCCGCCGCGCCGGCGGAACACUAACGUCGUUCGUUGAGGGCAAUGUAAUUAGUGAACGAGAUCUAUUUAUUCGCCUAAGUCUAAUUUAGGAUCGCGAACAUUACCAGUGCUGUGUGAAAAUUCGGCGUUUCGCGAGUUCUCGAAGAGUCGUCGGUUCUGAGCGAAAUCCUCGACGAUCAUACUCGUUCGGGGAGCGUCGCAUUGAUCAACGAAUCGUCUCGCUAAAUAAUUAUUUUAUACUUUCCAAAGUCACUCUGUACGUAUCUUUUCAUUCCUGUUCGAGUUUUUCAAUCUUUCAACAGAAUUAGCUACUGCUGGUCGGUUGAUAAACAAUCGAGAGAUAUAAUUAUAUCUCAAAUUUAUAUUUUGCUUCAAAAUCUAAACGAACACCUUGGAGAUCAAUCGGCGCUCCGUCGAGUGCUCGAGCAAAACGCUGAAUUUUGACGAGAGGAUAAUAUUAAUUAUUUAUAAAAGAAGAAAAAAGCGAGCUGCGAACGCGCGUAAUUGUACAUUAUUGCUCAAGAUCAGACCGCGACAGACCUAUGAAAGAAACAACCCACGGUUCAACCUGGUUAUUGCUGUAAAUAAAGGACGUUCCUCGUGCGUUUCUCUUAAGGCACCGUUAUAGGUUGUAGGGCCCUAUUAAUUGCAUUCGGUAGCGGUCGUGCUUCUCUAGGCGAGAGGUGAAAGUAAUAGUAAAUGUGAAUACACGCAGGACACUACUGUUAUUAUUGCUCCUACUAUUAGUCCUCCUUGUAACGAUGCGGAAGGAUUGUCCAACUUUUGCAAGAUCAUUUUUUCAUUGAAUAUAUUUUGACAAUAUACGCUG